CUAAGCAGCCUCCGGAGCCGCUCCGCCGCGGCGAGAGGAGCGAUGGCAACGCCGCCACCGCCUUUCAUAGCACCGUGUAGGCUUGGGGUGCACUGGGGCAUCUCCUGGCCAGAGACCCCCCCAGCUCCACCAGCCACGGCCUGAAAGCACCGGGUUACUUUCGUCAGUGUCACUGCCAUCGGAGGGCACGGGCAGAGAAGUGAAGUGAUUGUUGGCACUCGUUGGCGGAGCACCGGUGUGCCCAGACCCGCUCCGCGUGUCCCCUCGGCAGCCGGUGAUGACCGACGCGGUGGUGGGUGGCAGCUCUGACCGGUGGAUGUGCCCCAGCGACAGGACCAUGUCUCUCCGGGCCAGCAGCGAGAAGGAGCAGCUCCCCGCUGGCUGGGGGGCACGGGGUGGCCAGCCCGACCGGCAGCGCAAGGGCGAGGAGCUGACGGACGAGGAGAAGGAGAUCAUCAACCGAGUCAUCGCCCGGGCCGAGAAGAUGGAGGAGAUGGAGCAGGAGCGCAUCGGGAGACUCAUGACCCGGCUGGAGGACAUGCGCCGGAGCGUGCUGGGGGACGGGGUGAACCGCUGCAUCCUCUGCGGGGAGCAGCUGGGGCCACGGGGAUCCGCCUGCGUCGUCUGCGAGGACUGCAAGAAGAACGUCUGCACCAAGUGUGGGGUGGAGACCACCAACAGCCGGCCCCACGCCAUCUGGCUCUGCAAGAUCUGCAGCGAGCAGCGGGAGGUGUGGAAACGCUCUGGCGCCUGGUUCUUCAAGGGUUUGCCCAAGCAAGUGCUGCCCCAGCCGAUGCCUGUCAGCAAGAACAAGGGACCCCAAGCCCCCAGCGAGCCCAGCCCGUCGGAGCCGCCUGCCCAGGACCCAAAACUCCCCUCCCGUGCACCCACCCGAGGCCAGGCAGACGCCGGGCCCCCGGCCGAGCAGGACUCUGAUGGCGGCGACGCGCCGGCGGCUGCCCGGGGCAGCUACGCAGUGCCCAGCCGCAAGCCGGCCGAGGGCAGCGAGCACACCGGCGGGGACACCGACAGCCGCGACUACGCUGCCGAGAGCGGGGUCAGCAGGAGCCCCGGCGUGAAGAGGACCAACUCCAUGCAAGCCCAACGGCCACCUCCACCAGCAGCUGCUGGCCCCGCUCCCGGUCCUGGUCCAGCAGCACCCACAGCACCGCCAGCAGCAGGAAGACCAGGUCCUGGGGCAGCUGGCCGGUUCCCGGAGAGACAAGCGAGCCCACCGCUGGGACCCCAGGAGCCAGCCCGUGCUGCCGCCAGGGAGGAGCGAGGAGGGGGCUACGCUGUGCCCCCCGCCAGAGAGGAGAGGCCAGCCCGGCAGCCCCCCGCCUUCUCGCAGCCCCCCGCCGUCCCACCGGCACCCACUGCCCCGCUGCGGCAGCCACCCCAGGAGGAAGAGGAGGAGGACGCCAACAGCUACGACUCUGAUGAAGGCACUACACUGGGAGCACUGGAGUUCAGCCUGCUCUACGACCAGGAGAACAGCUCGCUGCACUGCACCCUCAUCAAGGCCAAAGGCUUAAAACCAAUGGACUCAAACGGCCUGGCGGAUCCCUACGUCAAACUGCACCUCCUGCCCGGAGCCAGCAAGUCGAAUAAGCUGCGAACGAAGACCCUGCGCAACACCCGUAACCCCGUGUGGAAUGAGACCCUGGUGUACCACGGCAUCACAGAUGAGGACAUGCAAAGGAAAACACUCAGGAUCUCCGUGUGUGAUGAAGACAAGUUUGGCCACAAUGAGUUUAUUGGAGAAACUAGAGUUUCCUUGAAAAAACUCAAAGCCAAUCAGAAAAAGAACUUCAACAUCUGCUUGGAAAGAGUAAUACCAAUGAAGCGUGCUGGCACGACCGGCUCAUCCCGUGGGAUGGCGCUGUAUGAAGAGGAGGUAGAUCGCGGUGGGGACGUGGAGGAGCGUGGGAAGAUCCUCGUGUCCCUCAUGUACAGCACCCAGCAGGGUGGCUUGAUCGUUGGCAUCGUACGCUGCGUGCAUUUAGCAGCCAUGGAUGCCAACGGGUACUCGGACCCCUUCGUUAAACUUUGGCUGAAACCUGACAUGGGAAAAAAGGCCAAGCACAAGACACAGAUUAAGAAGAAAACAUUGAAUCCUGAGUUUAAUGAGGAGUUCUUCUAUGAUAUCAAACACAGCGAUCUGGCCAAGAAGUCACUGGACAUUUCUGUCUGGGAUUAUGACAUCGGAAAAUCGAAUGAUUACAUUGGCGGCUGUCAGCUCGGCAUUACGGCUAAAGGGGAGCGCUUGAAACACUGGUAUGAAUGUUUGAAGAACAAGGACAAGAAGAUUGAACGCUGGCACACCCUCCAAAACGAGAACCACGUUGCCAGCGAUUAAAGGGAGCUGCUGCCCCAACCUCCCCAGACGGCCCACCCUCUGCCAAGCCCCUGUAGAUCUCUGAUGUCUGUCUUCCAGCGCAGUCAUGCCUUGCUACACGCCUCUGGUCCCAGGGCAGCAAAGCUCUUCUGUCUCCUCCAAGCAUCCUCUAUGCCCUGUCCUCACCUCCACCAGAAAACUAACCCAGAUCUUUUAUAUUCACUUCCUCUGGUUUUUGGUUUGAUUUUUUUUUUUUGGAGGGGGCGGGGGGAAAGUGGGGGGUCAUAGAGUUAUCCCGGUGUGUGAUUUUGUCAAGCAAUAGUUACCCUCUGACUGUUCCUCUUUCUCACUAGUCUCACGCACGCCGUGAUAGCCUUCCCGUUGUGUGUGUGUGUGUGUGAUGCUCUGUGUUCCUCAAGCCUCCUGCUCCUGUGGCUUGUCCCAUCACCACCAGCUUCGUGGCUCCUUUAUCUCCCAGUGGGAUGUGUGGCCUGGCCAUACUCUGGUCCAGUGUUGGAGGAGGGGUUAAGUGCUGGUGUCAGAGCAUCUCCCUGUUCUGCUUGUGUGAUAUCAAUACCUCAGUUGCAAUAAUGACAAAAGCUGUUUGGCUUUGGUGUGGGUCGUAACCGCAGCCCGGUGUCUGUGUUGUCGUGAUUAGGCUAAAGCCGGUGUCACUGAUGUAACCCUGCGAGUCCUGCUUGAGCUUUAGUUCUGAGUUGGGUACACUUGAGCAAUAUUGUGGUACAUCCUUUUGCUGAGAAGAUCCGCCAAUAAUACGAUCACGAGGGACAGGGAGCCCCUCUGUGCUCGCAGGGCAGCAGACGUGUGGGUCGGGGCCUGUUCGUUUGCAGCCGCCGCGUGCGGUUCCUUCCACCCGAGGAACUCGCUCCCCAUUGCUGUAGGAGCCCACCUGUGUUUCAAGCUUGUGCCUACCUCCCCUUCAUCCCUCUGCACAGUAGUGACUAGCUGGACCCCGAGGGCAGUCCCUGGGGCCCUCCUCAGACUAUCCUUGCCGUUGCCGACCGUUGGCCAUACCAAAUUCCGGAGGGAAGCCAAGGGAGGAGAAGCUUCCCUCCACCUAGCUGUUGUGUGCAAGGAUUAUUGCUUUAAAGUACCACAAACACUGAAAUUAGCUGGAACAGUUAGAGGUCUUCCAAACUUUGGGGUUGUUUUUUUUUCUUGUUGUUGUUGGGGGUUUGGGGUUGUUUUUUUUUUUGCAAAUCUGCACAAGAACCGUGGUCUUCAACCUGCGCUUUAAUGAUCGUCUGGAGGUGUUUGAUUUGUUCUCAGUAGCAGCAGAGUCACGACGCUCUCGGGCUGAUGCUGGUGGGGUUUGGUGCCAUCCGCUGUCUCCGAUGUCAAGCAUAGCAAUGUCGAUAGCAGCACAAUAAGCACGACUGGAAUAUAUACCAUCGGUCACCACGCAUGUCGUAUGGAACACCAACCCCAGCCCCCUCGGUCCACGCUGUCGUCCCAUGACUUCCCUUCCAACCACUGUUG